UUUUAAUUAAAAAUUUCGUUUCACUUCAAUUUGUUUCGUUCACAAAAAUUUUCUCUCAAAACAAAAAAUAGCCAAAAAUAAAAACUUGAUUUGGAAAUUGAAUAAAUAAAUUUAAUAGAUAUCAAAGCCGAAUUGCUAUUGCAAAGCACAAAGGAGCACAACAACCUUAUACUGCGUUGGUACAAGAAAAAACGCUAUUGUCGUAUAACCUACUAUACCUACAUACACGAGGCCAUCAAAGUCAUCCAAAACAAAACACCAGUACAACAAAAACAAGAUCGACAAGAAGAGUCUAUCAGCUGUCUUGAAGUCGGCAACUGUUCAGACCAGCAAUUGCUUCUACAAUAAAUCUUGUAUUACGCCAACAUUAAGAAAGAGGCCAGUGAAAUAAUUGUGAGCUACAAAGCUAAACAACGAAAGAUCACUGUAACAGUUUCAAGUGGCAGCUUAAAAAUCUGCUUCGGCGAGUUGAAUAUUUUUCGCGUUUGCUAUUGCAGACAAUAUUCGCGGAGCGCAAAACUCACUUUCGCUUUUAGGUGUUGCCUAUAUAUAUAUAUAUAUAUAUUAAUAGGUGCUCCGCCCUUUAGUGAAGUCCUCUCUUAUCAUUUUACGGUGCAUACAUUUGAAUAUAUACGUCCCAUGAUGUUUCAAAGUGACUUUCAUAGGAAGAAAAAUUUUGCAAAUCCCAAUUUAUUCAAUAAUUCGACCGCUGCGGAAAAGCCUGCGCCCGCCGCAACACAGCCAACACCAGAAAGUGGUCGGCCAGAUGUAAAAGAUGAUGGCAAGGAACAAGAAGAAGUGCGUACAGAACAUCUUUUUAAACAUCCACUACAGAAUACUUGGACUUUGUGGUAUUUAGAGAAUGAUCGCACAAAAUCAUGGGAAGAUAUGCAGAACGAAAUAACUAGUUUUGAUACAGUCGAAGACUUCUGGAGUCUCUACAAUCACAUCAAACCACCAUCUGAUAUCAAAUUGGGCAGCGACUACUCGCUAUUUAAAAAAGGCAUCAGACCAAUGUGGGAAGAUGCUGGUAACAAACAAGGGGGCCGUUGGGUCAUUACAUUAAAUAAAAGCUCUAAAACAGAUUUAGACAACUUAUGGCUCGAUGUUCUUCUUUGCCUAAUUGGGGAAGCGUUUGAUCAUUCUGACGAAAUUUGCGGUGCUGUGGUCAACAUACGUGGGAAGAAUAAUAAAAUUUCUAUUUGGACAGCAAAUGGUAACAAUGAGGAAGCAGCAUUGGAAAUCGGAAAUAAGCUGAGAGAGGCCUUGCGAUUGGGUCGUCAAAAUUUGCAAUAUCAGCUACACAAGGACACUAUGGUUAAGCAGGGCUCGAGUGUCAAAUCCAUUUAUACUCUUUAAUAAAUGUAUGUACACCAGCUUGUGUGGACUAAGUUCUGCAGGGCAGAUAUUUCAGCUAAAAAAUCUUCGUCAAAAUGCUUAAACUGAAAACUUAAACGUCAAGAGCUUAAAUAUGAAACUUUUCGAGAAUUGAAUAAACAUAUGCGUGUUUUAUUGUAAAACAAAAAGGAAUUAAAUCUAAUAAAUUUGAUACAAAAAAA